AUGCAUCGUCGAAUCCCCCUGUCUUUAUCGCGGGUCCGGACUUUCGCUUCGCAUUCACCGUCCCCCCCGUCGGGUCCCAACACCGUCGGACCCUACCAGGUCUUCGACCGGCACGCCAAGGUUCUCCAGCGAGACCGGUCGGCGACGCGAGAUGGGGGCGCAAGGAGUCGGACGACGGACUAUGUCAGGGAUGAAGUUGCUGACAGGAUGAUUGAGAGACUGCUGGAUAUCAAGCGGAAAUUCAAUACAAUAUUGGAUCUGGGCUCUGGGCCCGGUCAUUUUUCUAAGCUACUCGAUGCAGAGGUCACGAACAAAGCUGUACUGCUGGAAUCGAGCGAGAAGCUCCUGCACCGCGAUCCAGAUUCAGAAUUCGAAGUGGAAGUGGAACGAAUACACGCAGACGAGGAACGUCUACUUGAUGUCGUGGAGCCCAACUCGCAGGAAGCGAUCGUCUCAUGUCUGAGUCUCCACUGGAUUAACGACCUUCCUGGCGUACUCGUGCAGAUCAAGGAGGCGCUGAAGCCGGACGGCGUCUUCAUUGGCGCAAUGUUUGGCGGCGACACACUCUUCGAGCUCCGAACGUCUCUGCAGCUUGCGGAACUGGAACGCGAGGGAGGCAUUUCACCCCACGUAUCCCCCAUGACCGACACCCGCGACGUAUCAAACCUCUUGGGACGCGCCGGCUUUACGCUCCUCACCGUAGACAUUGACGAAGUUCGCGUUGCGUACCCGAGUAUGUUCGAGCUGAUGGAGGACUUGCAAGACAUGGGUGAAAGCAAUGCUAUCGUCGGACGGAGGAACUUUAUCCAUCGGGAUACGCUGGCGGCUGCUUCGGCGAUAUACAAAGCAUUGCAUGGCAACGAGGAUGGCAGCGUGCCGGCUACUUUUCAGAUUAUCUGGAUGAUCGGGUGGAAACCCGCGCCUACCCAGCCAAAGCCAUUGGAGCGAGGAUCAGCCAAAAAGAGCAUGAAGGACGUCCUGUAGUUGACCAACGGUCUGUGUAUAUGUUCGUCGCCGAGGGUGGUCCUCUGGCUAGAGAGCGGAUUGCCGACUGAAGCAAUUAGUAUCGUGAUUUCUUGUGCAGACAGAGGGUUUAGCGACAGAAUCGUGAUGCCAAAGAAAGCGGGCUCCGGGUCCACCUUUAGUUAUUCAUACCGUAAUAUUUGAGUGUCCAAUCAAACCUGGUAAUAUCAUCAUUUUGGCCAGC